AGGGCCAGGGAGUUAUCCUCUGGAGACAUGGUCAGAAGCUGUAAAUAGAUGAAGAGGAAGAUGAAGAUGACGACGAUGACACAGGAAAUCAAAUCUUGGUUGGUUUCUAACCUGCUCCAACUAAACAGCCUGAAGACGGAGGUUCUCAACCUGGGUGUCAUGGACUCAACUCACAUCAAAUCCGUAAGCUCCACAUUAUCUCUCCGACCUCCUCCAUGUGCACCAUCCCUCCCAGAAGCUGCGGCCUCCUCACCCCGGCCUCCUCACCACGGUCUCCUCACCUCGGCCUCCCGACCUCGGCCUCCUCACCUCGGUCUCCUCACCCCGGCCUCCUCACCUCGGUCUCCUCACCUCGGCCUCCCGACCACGGCCUCCUCACCUCGGUCUCCUCACCUCGGCCUCCCGACCACGGCCUCCUCACCCCGGCCUCCUCACCUCGGUCUCCUCACCUCGGUCUCCUCACCUCGGCCUCCCGACCACGGCCUCCUCACCUCGGCCUCCCGACCUCGGCCUCCUCACCUCGGUCUCCUCACCCCGGGCCUGCUCUCCAUCCCUGCACCAGCAGGUGAAAGUUCAGCGUCGCUGCUCCGACCUCUGGAUCCUCUGGAUGUUUUCUCUCAAAUAUCUUUGGUAUGACUUUAUGGAAACUUUACGUUUAGAAUCGUGAUGUUUUUGCUCCUCCUCAUUAACGUUUACUGCUGAGGAUAUUUACUCACAGAAAGAUGUAAUGACGUUAAAACACAUGUGAAAGUCAGUGGGUCCAGUUAAAACAUGGUCAUGAUGUUGCUGCUACUGAGUGGUAUGUUAUAUUAUUGAUGUUGUUUAUUAUGUGCAGGAUAAGCAGUUUAUAGAAACAAUGGAUAAAUCAUACAGGCUACAAACACUCUUUAAUAAAACUACAUUAGACACA